ACCAACAGUUACAAGACAAAGGAAAUGUUUACGGCAAUAAUACUAUUGAUAGUUGGAAUCUUUAUGUUAAUAGUCUUGGCUGAGCCCCUGGUGGAAAGUGUUAGACGAUUUUCGGAAUCUGUAAACAUAGAACCCUUUUAUGUGUCAUUCAUCUUAGUCCCAUUGGCUACGAACGCUAGAACGGCAAUUGCAGCCAUUAGAGCUGCAAAUCAGAAGAGACAUAAAACAACAUCUUUAACUUUCUCUGAGAUAUACCACAAGGUUUUCCUGAACAACAUUCUAGGAUUUUGUGUUCUUGUCUCAGUCAUAUAUUUCCGUGGGUUCACAUGCCAUUUUUCAGCAGAAAUUGUAGUUGUGGUCUUCGUCUGCAUAAUAAUGGGACUUCUCGCAAGUUUGAAAUCCAAGUUUCCGGACUGGACUUUGCUCAUCGCUUUCCCUCUCUAUCCAUUAUCUAUGGUAGUUGUAUACUUUGUCAAUGAUGCUUUUCAGUUUUCUUGAAUCUGCAUUAGACAUUGUUGGUUUAUUUGAUCGAGUUUUGAGUAGUGGUUAGACACUGCAACUUACAAGUAGACAAUCACAAACGUAUUUUGUACCUUCUUAUGUAAUUCCAUUUUGAUAUGUUGUGUCAGUGUUUCACUUUAAUUGCAUGCACUGGUUUCCUCAGCAUGCAUCUGUUUUGUUUGAAAACCGUGGAAUAUAUCCAUUUUGUACAUGCAGUCCAAGUUGUGAACAAAAAAAAUUAACUAGCAGCUUCUUUAGUAACCCAAACUUUGUUUAGAAAAAAAAAUAACAAUAAGGCCAGAGGGUAUGAAGGCGCCACCAGGGCCCCCUCAGCCCCUAUAGCGCCACCCGGCGGCAUCGACCCACACCCACCAAUUCAACUAGGGGCGCUAUAGGCAAGGCUCCACCAUGGUAACGAGCUGCAAUCGCGUAGAACGAGGA